AUGGCUUCCAAAGCUCAAGCCUCGGCCACCGCCAUUUUUCUUUCCUUCAAUAUCUUCUUCUUCGCUGUCACCACUGCAACUCAAUACCCUGCUAUCCCCGGAUUCCCCGCCACCGGCACUGGCGGCGGAAACGGUGGUAGCAGCGGUGGCAACGGCGGCGGAGGAGCAGGACGAUGCCCAAGAGAUGCUUUGAAAUUGGGUGUAUGUGCAAAUUUACUAGGCGGAUUGGUGGGGGCUGUGGUGGGUACCCCACCGACAUUGCCAUGUUGCAGCUUGAUCGCCGGAUUGGCUGAUCUAGAGGCGGCGGUUUGCCUUUGCACCGCCAUUAGAGCCAACGUGCUGGGAAUUAAUCUGAAUAUUCCGGUGGCUCUUAGCCUGGUCCUCAAUGACUGUGGACGUCAAGUUCCAAAUGGCUUCACUUGCUAA